AAAUUGACUCGGAUAUCAGACGACGUCUGUCCACUGAAGGUUGUACUCAGCUGGCAGAGCGCCAAAUGUGGACGAGCUCUUGUACUACAGGAGAACGAUACUGGUGACAUCUUGUGGGAUGCGUUCGAAGUUCCCGAAUUGGACAACUUCCUCCGUAUUCUUCGAAUGGAAGAGAAGCAGUACCAAUGGCAGAUUAGGCAACGCUUCCACCAGUACAGUUAUCACCUUGAUCAGGAACUUCGGCGGAGAGGAUACUGCAUUGGGGAAGAGGUUGACGCACCACCAACUGAAUUGGCUCCAGCGCCACCGGUUGCCGACUACAACGAGUACGGUACCGGUGACAGUAUGGUAGUCAGUGACGUAUUUCAAACAAUGCGUGGAGACCAAAUGGCAUCUACCCUGGCCGCUGCUAUGGAUAGCGGAGGUGCCGGUUCGCCUAGCGAUGGUGGUGGCGGUGAAAUUCGAGAUCCUACCUAUGUGAACCUGAAUUUCCUCCGAUCCCAUCAUAUGCAACAAUCGACGAGGUUAUGA